CAAAACCAAAAAUAAAUAAAAGGAAAGGUAGAAAAAAGGAUUAACAAGAAAGAUGGCAAGCAAAACUGUUCUCUCAAUCUUUUUGAUUGUUUCCCUUUGUGCUGCCACUUUUGUCACUCAAGGAGUAGCUCAAAUGCUUCCAGGACUUUUCGCACCCGGCUCACCCAGCUCACCUAUUGAUCUUGUAAAAUGUUGGUCGUCUCUCUUCAGUGUUGAAGGAUGUGUGCUCGAAAUCGCCAAAUCAAUUUUCUCUGGAAAAUUCAAAAAUGUUGAAGCCGCAUGUUGCAAGGCGUUUUCGACCUUGGAUGCUAACUGUUGGCCUCAUAUGUUUCCACUGAACCCGUUCUUCCCUCCUCUCCUCAAGGAUAAUUGUACUCGCAUUGUUCCCAACUCCCCUACACACAACUAA